CGCGCUGGGUCCCCCAUUCUUCCCGUGGUCAGCGGGGCGCGCGCGGCCAUGGAGCGGAGCGGGCGCCGCCGCCGCCGGCACUGAGGGAGGGAGACGCGAGAGGGAGAAGGGAGCGCGUCCGCCCGGCCCCCGCCCCGCAGAAUGGACUGCUGAAUUGGGAUUUAUUGCAGACUCAACUGUACAGCACUGCUCAUUGCUUCAUCUAUUACUAGUUAUUUAAAUUGGACUUUUAAUAUCCUGCCAGCUGCUGUCCACACACACAUGGUGCAUUGUUGCCAUUCUCAGAAUUGCAUCUUUGAAACCCAGGCCCUCAGUAACCUUCAGAGAAGAAAGAGGCGACCUCCUGCGUACAUUUGUAGAGGGAGUUUUUGGCCCUGCUGCCCUCUGGCUUUCUGGCUGCUGCUGUAUUCCUGAGACACUAUGGAGCCCACUAUGGAGUACUGCUUAGCGCAGGUGCUGCAGAAGGAUGUUGGAAAAAGACUUCAGGUUGGCCAGGAAUUGAUAGAUUAUUUCUCAGAUAAACAGAAGUCAGCUGAUCUUGAACAUGAUCAGACUAUGCUGGAUAAAAUGGUUGAUGGACUGGCCACUUCUUGGGUAAAUUCCAGCAAUUACAAGGUGGUUCUGCUGGGGAUUGACAUCAUCUCUGCACUGGUGUCCCGCUUGCAAGAUCGCUUCAAGGCCCAGAUUGGCACAGUGCUGCCAAGUUUACUUGAUAGGCUGGGAGAUUCUAAGGACUCAGUGAGGGAGCAGGAUCAGACCUUGCUGCUGAAAAUCAUGGAACAAGCUGCUAACCCUCAGUACGUGUGGGACAGGAUGCUAGGAGGAUUCAAACACAAGAAUUUUCGGACGAGAGAAGGGAUUUGCCUCUGCCUUAUUGCAACACUCAAUGCAUCUGGAGCUCAGAGUUUAACACUGAGUAAGAUAGUGCCACAUAUAUGUAACUUACUUGGAGAUCCAAACAGCCAGGUUCGAGAUGCAGCAAUAAACAGCCUUGUGGAAAUUUACAGACAUGUUGGUGAACGUGUAAGAGCUGAUCUCAGUAAAAAAGGAUUGCCCCAGUCUCGGUUGAAUGUAAUUUUUACAAAAUUCGAUGAGGUCCAAAAAUCUGGAAACAUGGUCCAGACUUCAGUUGAUAAAAUUUUUGAUGAUGAAGACUCCGUGGAUGGGAACAGACCUUCCUCAGCCAGCUCCUCUACAUCUUCAAAGGCCCCUGCAAACUCACGCAGAGUUGGGAUGGGCACUACCCGCAGGCUUGGCUCUGCACCUCUGGGCUCCAAGUCUUCAACAGCCAAAGAGGGAGCAGGUGCUGUGGAUGAAGAAGACUUCAUUAAGGCAUUUGAAGAUGUCCCAACAGUUCAGAUUUAUUCCAGCCGGGAUCUUGAGGAAUCCAUAAACAAGAUCAGAGAGAUACUAUCAGAUGAUAAACAUGACUGGGAACAGAGAGUUUCUGCGUUGAAAAAGAUCCGCUCCUUACUUUUGGCUGGAGCUGCAGAAUAUGAUAACUUCUUCCAACACUUAAGACUUUUGGAUGGAGCAUUUAAAUUAUCUGCUAAAGACCUGCGGUCUCAAGUUGUACGAGAGGCUUGUAUCACCUUGGGACAUUUGUCAUCAGUUCUGGGAAACAAGUUUGACCAUGGGGCAGAAGCCAUCAUGCCAACAAUUUUUAAUCUAAUUCCAAAUAGUGCCAAAGUCAUGGCCACUUCUGGUGUUGUAGCAGUUAGAUUAAUCAUUCGACACACGCACAUCCCUCGGUUAAUACCCAUCAUAACCAGUAAUUGUACCUCCAAGUCUGUUGCAGUUAGAAGGCGCUGCUUUGAAUUUUUAGACUUGCUGUUGCAGGAGUGGCAAACACACUCCUUAGAAAGACACAUAUCAGUGUUGGCUGAAACAAUAAAAAAGGGAAUUCAUGAUGCAGACUCUGAAGCAAGGAUAGAGGCAAGAAAGUGCUACUGGGGUUUCCACAGUCACUUCAGCCGAGAGGCAGAGCAUUUGUACCACACCUUGGAGUCCUCCUACCAAAAGGCCCUGCAGUCCCAUUUGAAGAACUCUGACAGCAUCGUGUCCCUGCCACAGUCGGAUCGCUCCUCCUCCAGCUCCCAGGAGAGUCUCAACCGUCCACUCUCUGCCAAAAGAAGUCCUACUGGAAGUACAACAUCAAGAGCAUCUACAGUAAGUACAAAAUCUGUGUCAACACCAGGAUCUCUGCAGCGAUCCCGCAGUGACGUCGAUGUGAAUGCAGCAGCUAGUGCCAAGUCAAAAGUGACGUCUUCUGGAGCAUCCACCCCCUUCAGUUCUGCUGCAGCCUUGCCCCCAGGGUCAUACGCAUCACUAGGCCGGAUUCGCACCAGGAGGCAGAGCUCUGGCAGUGCCACCAGUGUCACCUCUACGCCUGCCGAUACCCGAGGCCGCAGCCGGGCUAAAGUCGUUUCCCAGUCCCAACCUGGCAGCCGGUCUAGUUCUCCGGGUAAGCUCUUAGGAAGCUCCUAUGGUGGCCUGAGCAGUGGAACAUCCAGAGUCCAGCCAGUGCCAUCCUCCUCAGAGAAGCGCAGCAAGAUUCCUCGGAGCCAGGGAUGCAGUCGGGAGACGAGUCCCAACAGAAUAGGCCUAGACCGGUUUGGACUCGGACAGCCAGGCAGGAUGCCUGCUUCUGUGAAUGCCAUGCGAGUCCUGAGCACCAGCACAGAUCUGGAGGCUGCUGUGGCCGAUGCACUGCUGUUAGGAGACUCCAGGAGCAAGAAAAAGCCGGUGAGAAGGAGGUAUGAGCCCUACGGGAUGUACUCCGAUGACGAUGCCAACAGCGACGCUUCCAGCGCUUGCUCGGAGCGCUCCUACGGCUCCAGGAACGGGGGCAUUCCGCACUACCUGCGGCAGACUGAAGAUGUGGCUGAGGUCCUGAACCACUGCGCCAGCUCCAACUGGUCUGAAAGGAAAGAAGGGCUCAUAGGUCUUCAGAAUUUACUGAAAAGCCAGCGGACACUGAGCCGAGUCGAGUUAAAAAGGCUGUGUGAAAUAUUUACUCGCAUGUUUGCUGACCCUCACAGCAAGAGAGUCUUCAGUAUGUUUCUGGAAACCCUGGUGGAUUUCAUCAUCAUUCAUAAAGACGACUUGCAGGAUUGGCUUUUUGUUCUCCUGACUCAGUUGCUAAAGAAAAUGGGAGCAGAUUUGUUGGGGUCUGUGCAGGCAAAAGUUCAAAAAGCUCUGGAUGUCACCAGGGAUUCUUUUCCAUUUGAUCAACAAUUUAACAUUUUGAUGAGGUUUAUUGUAGAUCAGACCCAGACACCAAACCUGAAGGUCAAAGUUGCUAUCCUGAAGUAUAUUGAGUCCUUGGCAAGACAGAUGGAUCCAACAGACUUUGUGAAUUCCAGUGAGACAAGACUUGCUGUAUCUAGAAUUAUAACUUGGACUACAGAACCAAAGAGCUCAGAUGUGAGAAAGACGAUGCAUAGUUGGGUGGGUGAGGAUUUGCCAGCUAGGACAACUACAGCCUCCUCAGGGCCUGGUGAAGGAAACUUGGAAGAGAAAUGUAAACAGGCAGCACAAAUAGUCCUGAUUUCUCUCUUUGAAUUGAACACCCCUGAGUUUACCAUGUUACUUGGUGCCUUGCCAAAAACAUUCCAGGAUGGUGCUACCAAGCUCCUGCACAACCACCUCAAGAACUCCAGUAACACCAGUGUGGGCUCCCCCAGCAAUACCCUUGGUCGGACUCCUUCCCGGCACUCCAGCAGCAGAACCAGCCCCUUAACUUCACCUACCAACUGUUCCCAUGGUGGACUGUCUCCAAGUAUGCUGGAUUAUGACACGGAGAACCUAAACUCUGAUGAAAUCUACAGCUCUCUUCGUGGAGUCACAGAAGCGAUUGAGAAAUUUAGUUUCCGUAGUCAAGAGGACCUGAAUGAGCCAAUCAAACGUGAUGGAAAGAAGGACUGUGACAUUGUGUCUCGGGAUGGUGGCCUUGCUCUCCCUAGUGGCGAUGUCCGUGGAGGCAGUGACAUUGUGGAGGGCGGAAGGAUGGCUCUGGAUAACAAAACCUCUCUCCUGAACACGCAGCCUCCCCGCGCCUUUUCAGGGCCCCGCGCUCGGGAGUACAACCCCUAUCCUUACGCUGACACCAUCAACACUUACGACAAGACCGCCCUGAAGGAAGCAGUGUUCGAUGACGACAUGGAUCAGCUUCGGGAUGAAGUACCCAUUGACCAUUCGGAUUUGGUGGCUGAUCUUCUGAAAGAGCUCUCCAACCACAAUGAGCGCGUGGAGGAGCGGAAAGGAGCUCUCCUGGAAUUGCUAAAGAUCACGAGGGAAGAUAAUCUUGGAGUUUGGGAGGAGCAUUUCAAAACCAUUCUGCUCUUGCUGCUGGAAACACUUGGAGACAAAGAUCAUUCAAUCAGAGCCCUGGCACUGCGAGUCCUGCGGGAGAUCCUGCGGAACCAGCCAGCGAGGUUUAAGAACUACGCGGAGUUGACUAUCAUGAAAACACUGGAAGCACAUAAGGAUUCCCACAAGGAGGUUGUCAGAGCUGCUGAAGAAGCUGCUUCCACCCUGGCGAGUUCCAUCCACCCUGAGCAGUGCAUCAAGGUGCUUUGCCCAAUCAUUCAGACUGCAGAUUAUCCAAUUAAUUUAGCUGCCAUCAAAAUGCAAACGAAAGUCAUCGAGAGGAUUUCCAAGGAAUCGUUGCAUCAGCUCCUACCUGAUAUCAUUCCUGGGUUGUUACAGGGUUAUGAUAACACGGAGAGCAGUGUCAGAAAAGCCAGUGUAUUUUGCUUAGUGGCUAUUUAUUCAGUAAUUGGAGAAGAACUGAAACCUCAUCUCGCACAACUCACAGGAAGCAAGAUGAAGCUACUAAACUUGUAUAUAAAGAGGGCACAGACCACCAACAGCAACAGCAGCUCCUCUUCAGAUGUUUCAACGCACAGUUAAUGGAGAUCUGUGGACAUAUGUGUAGACUUAGAAGCAAUCAACGGUGCCUCUCAGAGACCUUUCUGCUACUCUUCACUGGCGUGCUCCAUCAGCUUAAGGAGGCCAUGCAGAUAUUUAUUGCAAUCAGUAUUUUAGUCCCUUAAAAGCUUUUAUGUAGAAUCUUACUGGUAUUGAAUGUAAAGGAAGCAAGGUCUGUGUCGCAGUCUUCAUUAAAGUGAACAUCAGAAAGCCAUACUUAAACAUAUUUGUAUAGCCUGCUGAAAUCUCAGAAAUAUGUUUAGGUUAGCAUUCUAACACUGAGUCCAAGAACCUGGACACAAGUAAAAGUCAAACAAAUCUUGUUGGUUUAGUUCAUACCCAGUUUUGGUUUCUGUGUGCUAGUUACCUGCUCUCUCCCCUCACCCAUUCUGGCUGGGUCCUUCUCUUCUUUCAAGUCUUGUGUUCCUGUUCCGUACUCCCUGUUGCAGCUUGCCUGAAUUGCAGGGCCCUCCAUGGGGAGAUCUUUGCAGGUGUAGCUGUGAUUCCAGCCUCAGAUACUUUAAUACUGAGAGAUACCAAGUGAGUAAUGAAAGUAGGUUGUUUUUAAACAUCUGAGUUUUGUACAUAGUUCUGACAGACCCCGGAUGGGCUGAUCUCUCUGUAACUGCUAUCCAGCCAGCUCUGCUGUGCAUAACAGCUGGGCUCUUGCUUUUUUCAUUGACUUUGUAAAUACUUCUCCCCUCUCAACCCAUUUGGCUCUUUCGUAUGUUCAAAAGACUCUCCAGGUUACCUGUUACUUCCCAAAGGGAACCUGAGACCCAGUUCUGGGACCGACGUCUGCGACAGGAUAGUGGAGUUAGGUGGGGGGGAUUGGGUUAGGCUCUGAGUGUGUCACUGGGUGGGCAGUGGGAGCUGGGAGAGCUGUACUUCAGUGCCAGCUGUUUUCCUUGAAAUCUGUAGCAUCAAAGGGCUGAUCUGCUGCUCUGACUGACCCACUGAUGCUGGAUGGCUUUGUCCCCACAGCUCCUUUGCACUUUGGGCAAAAUGUUCAUCCCAGAGGACAGAAAGGGUGUCUGAAUCUGAACAGAAAUGCCACAUGGAAGCACCUCUGAGCCAGCUGGGACAGUGCUGGUUGCCUGCCACAGCCCCUUCUGUUCCUGAAGACCCUGCAGUACUGUUAACUGCCCUUAGAAGCCUCCUUUGUGCCAUCUCCAUGCGCAGGCUUGAUGAGUGCUCUGCUUUUACAAGAGUGGGGGUCCCUCAUUGGGCACUGCUGGCAGCAGGGUGCUCUGGGUGAGGUGUUUGCAGCCUAAUGACACAGACCAAGUCAGAGGCAAACCAGCAGCCACCAAAUACCCCAGCACCGUCCUUCCCUGAACACAGACCCUUCUUUUUGCAGAGGGGGAGCUCCCCCUGCCUCUGCUGUAACCAGGGAAGGCAGGAGGUUGCUAAUUAGCGUGCUGUGUUUGGCCCUGGGCUGGAUCCUGGCUGAUGGGCAUGCCCACCCCAAACCUGCCAUGGAUCACAGCUGGGGUUUUGCCUCCAGUGCCAGUGAUGCAAGAGGAUGAUGGACUUGCAGCUUAAGGCUGAGCCGUGGUGAUGGAUGUGUGUUCCCUGGCUGCUCUCAGUGCCCUGGAGUCUCUCCAGCUUCCUCCAUCUCCCCUUUAGGGAGCUGAAGGGACACCUUGGGAACAUACUGAGAACACGAGACUCCAUUGCUGCAGCAGGGCAGGGUACAGCCCCUUCCCUCAAUUAUCCCUCUGUGUUUCAACCCCAUCCCUGAGGAGUUAAGCUGGGAGCUGACAUUUGGUGCCAGCUUUUCUCCCAGGAGGGAUUGGGGCUGGUGGGGCUGUGUCACUGGGCUGCAAAGCUUCUUGGUCCCUUUCCCUGCUCACCUGAGAGCAGGGGAGGUGGCCUGCUCCUGGUACACGUGUGCAGGUUUCUGCUGGCUGCAGGGCUAAUUCCCUCAUCUUUCCCAACCAGCAAUGCUAUGGCAGGAGAAACCAUGUGCUUUCCUGAGGUGGGGGAUUCCCCCAGGGUCUUUCUGCAGGCUCAGAAAAGCCAUUCUCUCUGAAGGGGGGGAUUGGUUGCUCCGUGGUUCGUGUCUGCCUUUCCGUGGACCAUUUCUUUUCCACAUCUUUCUGUAUGCUUGUUAGAGUGCUCUUUUUUAAUUUUUUUGAAUGCUUCAAAUUUGAUUUUAACACAAAUUUAUUUUUCCUUUUGAGGAAAUACUCAGUUGACUUGUUGGCAGCAGUUAAGCUGUCUUGUUUGAAUUUUUAGUAGUGGGCUAGGUUUUUUGGGGGGAGGUGUUGGUUUUUUGUUUUGUUUUUUGUUUUUUUGUUUUAAUUGUGCUCUUAACUGCUUAGUAUUUAUGCCUCUCUUUCUCCCCAUCUCAGCUCAGCAUCUUCUGUUCCAGUUCUGGGAAUGUCAGCAUAGCUGACCAGGUGGUUAGUCCCUCCCAGCUGUGAUGGAGCUUGGUCUAUCAUCAUUUGCUCUUUUUUUGGUUUUGAUUUUUUUCCUUUCCAUUGAAUGGCACACUGUAGCAAAUCUCCAGGAAUCGAAUUCCUUCUCAAAUGAUUUUAUAUGCUUUAUAAACGCUGUUGGUAUGCACUGAGAGUGAACGCGCUGUGCCGUCCCUGACGCCGCAGUCGGGUCCAGGCUGGCCUUGAGAAGGCGCCCGCGGCCAGCCUGCGCUCCCCGAGGCACCAGAGGGGCUGCAGGGGGAACCAGGCCUUACUUCCUGAGCCAGAUUCACUUCUGUUUGUCAGCAGAUGCUCAUUAAUGUGCUACUUGAUUUCACGGCGUGAGUCGAGGACUGUCCAUCCUUUGAGUGCUCCAGGGCGUGUUCUCCCUGUGCACAGCAGGAGCAUUCUGCGUAGGUAUUUAUAAAUCAUCGCCGACAAUGUACAUAGUAGGGUUCUUUAGUUGAACAUGACCCAGUUUUUAUUUUGUGUUUCCUUUGAAGUACUCAAAGGGCUAGCUCUGAAUGUCACCUCUCUGAUCUCCAGUUUUGACUUCAACAAGCUGUACAAUCAUCUUGUUUUCUCUUCAGCAAGCAUAAAGGUCUCUCUGGCUACAAAUCAGUGUCCACACACGCUUGCAGAGGAAGGUCUGCAUGCUGCAGUGCCUCACUGCUCCGGUGAAGCUUGUGUUCACCUUCUCCUGGCAGUAGCCACCUACUGCAGCUGCCUUUUUUUUUUCUUGCUGCCCAUUAUGCAGGGCUUCAAUUUUUCGUACCUUUAAAAAAAAAAGAAAAAAAAAAAGAAAAAAAUAAAAAUAAAAAAAAGUGUAUUUUCUUUGCCCACCAUGCUUUAAAAAUCUGAAUGGGAGAAAACUCUCAGCAGACAGCAGCUCUUGGCUGCAAGGUUGCUGAAAUCUCAGAUGUGGAUGUUUUUUCUGCCAUUGGCUGCACCAGUGCUCCGUGGGCAUGGGCAAAUCCCGGCUCCAUCUGCCCCACAGGUCUACGUACUGUAGUUCUCAUGUAGUUCAGAAAUACCGAGGCAUGUGGCUUUCUUAAGGUACACUAUGUGUGCUUGCCUGGAUUACAAUACAAGACUGUCUUUUUAAUUGCUUAUUACUAGCUUACCAAUAACCUGUAUAAGUAAUGUAACUUGCAUCUUUGUCAUCAGAACCUUUUCUCCCCACCCCUUUAUUUAUCAAGCAUAAUAUUACAUAUUAAGGGACAGAAAAAUAGACCUUUGUAGUACACAGCAGGACGUUGCUAACAAUGUUUUAAAUGGGAAGUAAAAAACGCUCUGAAAAAUGCCAGCCAUGAGAAAUGACUUUGUUGGCACCGUGUUCAUGCGCAUGUAUUUUUUUCUAUUUUUUCCGCUUUUGUCAUGUUACAUCCAUAUCUGUAUUUAUAUCUUAUUUGUUUCACUUUUGAGUGUAUCAUGGCAAUUGUACAGAUGUUUUUUGUUAACAUUUACGUGAUAGAAUUUGCUAAAAAAAAAAAAUUAAAAUAAAACCUUUUGAGUUUGCCCUAGAA